GGCGGAGGGAGGAGCAGCAGCAGCAGCAGCAGCAGCAGCGAGAGCACCGCACCAGCUCCUGCCGCAAGGAGCAAUGCUGUACCGCGGAGCAGGAUCCUGGUUGCAGUCCCAGAGCAAACCCAGCGGAGCGGCCUUCACCACCCUCUUGCUGACAGUAUACACAAUUCUCUCCAAGGUGCAUUCUGAUCGAAAUGUAUACCCUUCUGCUGGAGUUCUCUUUGUUCAUGUUUUGGAGAGAGAGUAUUUCAAGGGAGAAUUUCCUCCUUAUCCAAAAAUUGGUGAGAUAAACAAUGAUCCCAUAACAUUUAAUACAAACCUAAUGGGUUACCCUGAUAGACCUGGCUGGUUGCGCUACAUCCAAAGAACACCAUAUAGUGAUGGUGUGCUAUAUGGAUCACCAACUAUAGAAAACAUGGGCAAGCCAACUAUCAUUGAGAUCACUGCUUAUAACAGGCGUACCUUCGAGACAGCAAGAAAUAAUUUGAUUAUUAAUAUAAUGUCAGCAGAAGAUCUUCUUUUGCCAUAUCAAGCAGAAUUCUUCAUUAAAAACAUGAACGUGGAGGAAAUGUUGGCAAGUGAGGUUCUUGGAGAUUUUCUUGGAGCUGUGAAAAAUGUAUGGCAGCCUGAGCGACUGAACGCCAUAAACAUUACCUCAGCUCUUGAUAGGGGAGGGAGAGUGCCCCUUCCUAUUAAUGACAUGAAAGAAGGUGUCUAUGUUAUGGUUGGUGCAGAUGUUACAUUCUCCUCCUGCUUAAGGGAAGUAGAAAACCCACAGAAUCAGCUAAGAUGCAGUCAAGAAAUGGAACCUAUAAUAACUUGUGAUAAAAAGUUUCGUACUCAGUUUCACAUAGACUGGUGUAAAAUCUCUUUGGUUGAUAAAACACAGCAAGUUUCUACUUAUCAAGAAGUGAUCCGUGGAGAAGGCAUAUUACCAGAUGGUGGUGAAUAUAAGCCACCUUCUGAAAAUCUGAAAAGCCGAGACUAUUAUUCAGACUUCCUCCUUACUUUAGCAGUUCCCUCUGCAGUUGCCCUGGUGCUUUUUCUAAUACUUGCUUAUAUUAUGUGCUGCCGGCGGGAAGGAGUGGAAAAGAGAAACAUGCAAACACCAGAUAUUCAGCUGGUCCAUCACAGUGCAAUUCAGAAAUCCACAAAAGAACUUCGGGAGAUGUCAAAAAACAGAGAGAUAGCAUGGCCGCUCUCAACACUUCCUGUUUUUCACCCAGUCACUGGUGAGAUUGUACCACCUGUUCACCCCGACAGUUAUGACAAUACUAGCAUGCCACUGAUGCAAACCCAACAGAACCUGCCUCAUCAGACUCAGAUUCCACAGCAGCAAACAGAAGCUGCAGUCACUGUCCCAAUGUGGCAUGCCCCAGCAAACUACUCACCUUCUUGAUCUUCUGGGUGCCUUCCCUCUCCUCCCUCCCCAUCUCCUGUAAAUGGUAUCCCUGAGGAAAGAAAAUUUACAGAAGCGAUUAAUUUGUAAUUAAAUAAAACAACCAAGACAAGUUUUCAUUUCCUUAUUUGCUCCAAUGAUACAUGAAUUUUCCUGAUGCAUGCCUGCAGAAUAUACUGAUGUCAAAUAGUAUCAGUUCCAUAUUGUUACAUGUACUGUAUGUUUUUGUAUUUCAGAUAUUUUCAAUGAAUUUGUAAAAUACCAAUUUUUAUAUUUGUGACAUUAAAACAUUUAUAAGACAUUCAGCUAUUCAUUAUUUCAACUAUAUUCCAUUAUGUACAGAAAUACUGUACAAAUAAGAUGAAUGUCAAAUCCAGAGUAAUUUCUGAAUUGUUAAAGUAUUACUUGUUUUUUUUGUACUGUGUAACAAUGUCCAGUACUCAUAUUGAGGUUUUAUUAUUGUUAUCAAGAAAACUGAAAUUAGAGCAUGUUGCAUUUUAAUUUAAUGGAGUCAUUUUACAGGAGGUUUUGAACUGUGUAUAAUUCUUUUUCUGCCAUGCAUUGUGUAUGGAAAUUGUUAAAUCAGAAACCUACCAAUUCCGGGAGAUUUCAUUAAUUAAGAAUAUAUUCUAUUCUUAGCACUAAUCUCGAUUCCCUCUGUGCUACUAUCCCACACAGUAUUUUCAGGAUGAAAAUUGGUUUCUUCAGCAUUAAUUAUUAUUCAUUACUCCAGCUACAUCUAAUUUAAUGAGGAAAUGAAGUUAUUUUUUAAUUGCAAUUCAUUAAAUAUUUCUAAUUCUUAA